AUGGGGUCCCUGGCGCCGGAUUCCCCCCUGAAAGUCAUCAUCGUGGGCGCCGGCCUAGGAGGCUGCGCCACCGCGCUGGCCAUGCACCACGCCGGCUUCGAGGUGGUCAUGUUCGAAAAAGUCCGAGAGUUUCAGAGGCUCGGCGACUCGUUGGGCCUGGGCGAGAAUGCCUUCAAAUUGCUGGACAGGUGGUCGCCCUUCCUGCGCGACCGGCUGAUCGAGAUCGGGAACAAAUCCGAGCUGAUGCAGAUCCGGCGAUGGCACGACGGGAAACUGCUCGCGCAGCAGCCCUUGAUGGAUAUGGCCGGGUAUAUUGGCCAUCGGGGCGACUACCACAAAGGGUUUUUGCAGGCCGUGGCGGAGAAGGGGAUCCCCUUGCAUAUGGGGGCUGAGGUAAUCGACUACGACGACAAGACCCCGAGCGUCACGCUCAAGGACGGGACGCGACAUACCGCGGACGUGGUUGUCGCGGUAGACGGCAUAAAAUCCCGCGCCCGCGAACUGGUGCUCGGCUUCGACGACCAGCCCAAAUCAUCGGGCUACGCCUGCUUCCGGGCCUUCUUCGACGGGGCCAAACUGCAAGGCAACCCUCUGACCGAAGAGUUUGUCGCCAAGGAGUGCGUCAACAUCUGGAUCGGCAAGGACAUGCACUGCGUCCAAAACACCUUACGGGGCGGCCGCGAGUUCAACUGGAUCAUCACGCACAAGGACACGGCCGACGUGCGCGAGUCGUGGUCCCAGCCGGGCGACAUGGACGAGGUGCGCCGCUUGGUCGAGACGCUGGACCCGCGUAUCGCCACAGCGAUCCGCAUGACGGACGAGUGUCUGGAUUGGAAGAUCUGUUAUCGCGAUCCCAUCCCCACGUGGGUGUCGCCGAACCAUAAGGUCGUGCUGGUCGGCGACUGUUGUCACCCGCAUUUGCCGACGAGUGCGCAGGGCGCCAGCCAGGCCACGGAGAGUGCGGCGGUGCUGGCGCAGUGUCUGUUGUUGGCUGGGAAGGAGAACGUGCCGUUGGCGACACGAGUCUACGAAAAGAUCCGCUUCCCGCGCGUCCGCCGCGCGCAGACCAACGGCGAAGACCUCCGCGACAGAUGGCACACCGCGCUGGACCGGAUAGGCGAGGGUGGCGAGAUCGACCCGAAGAGUCUGCUGAUCAUGAACGCCGUACUGUACGACUACGAUGCCGAGGCGGAUACGCGGAAGCGGUGGGCCGAGAUGUCGGCGGUGGUGAGUGAGGAGUUGAGGACCGGGAAGAUCACGCCGUUGUGUUGA